GCAACUUUCGAUCCUGGCGACUCCUCCAUAUCUCGCACCUUCAAUGCUGAAUUCCCGCCUCUAGACCGCGAAUCUGCUCUGACCACGAAACGGCAUAAAACCCUAAAACGGUCGGGAGACACUUUGGAGCCCUGCGAUCCCCCUCGCCUAAGCCAGCCGCCGCCGGGGUUUCACGGUCACCCGCCCACAUCAGAUCCGCCGACUGGUCAUUCGGAAAAACUGUACACUAAAUGGACUUUCCGCGAUAUGGUUAACAAACACCGAAACCAUGUUGAAGUUGUUUCGGAUGAUGAAGGACAAGAAGAUGACAGAGAGGACUUCGUCGUAGACCUGGACCGCCCUCUCCCUGAGAUGACCAUCCCCCAGCGAUUUUUUGAUCAAGUCAAUUUGGAAUGGAAGAACGUAGUAGUUGUCAAGCCGUUCGAUGAGUCCCUGACGAUGGCGUCUCUUUACAACCGUCUCACGAAGAUGUGGCCGGCUAUGGCAGGAUGCAAUAUGAUGGACCUCGAGAAUGGUUUUUACCUAAUUCACCUUCAGACAAUUGACGAUGCAAUCCAGAUUCUUACCGGUGGGCCCUAUGUUGUGGGUAGCAGCUACAUGCACGUCCAACCAUGGUCCCUUGAUUUCGAUGCAAUGAACGAGGAACUCACCUCAACAGUGGCGUGGAUUCGGCUCCCGGGCCUACCAGCACACCUAUACCAUAAGAAGAUUUUUCGAACAAUUGGUAAGAUCGUUGGUAAGGUGGUCAAGAUCGACCAUCAGACAGCCGCUCUCACUCGAGGGAAGUACGCACGUUUGGCCGUCAUGGUAGACCUCACCAAGCCAUUGU